AUGGGCAUCAAGAACCUGGCGUCCAUCAUCAAGGAGCAUGCUCCUGACGCGAUCAAGGAGGGGGAGAUCAAGAACCACUUUGGGCGCAAAGUAGCAAUUGAUGCAUCCAUGAGCAUCUACAGCUUCCUCAUCGCCGUCCGCAGCGAAGGCCAACAACUAAUGGACGAAAGCGGCCAAACCACCUCUCACCUAAUGGGCAUGUUCUACCGCACCCUGCGCAUGGUCGACAACGGGAUCAAACCGCUCUACGUCUUCGACGGCGCCCCCCCGAAACUCAAAUCCGGCGAACUCGCCAAACGCUUCCAGCGCAAGCAAGAAGCCCACGAAGGGCUCGAGGAGGCCAAGGAGACGGGUACGUCGGAGGACGUGGAAAAGUUCGCGCGCCGCACGGUGAGGGUGACGAGGGAGCACAACGCUGAGUGUCAGAGGUUGCUGAAGCUCAUGGGGAUUCCGUAUAUCGUUGCGCCGACGGAGGCAGAGGCGCAGUGUGCGGUUUUGGCGAGGGCGGGAAAGGUGUUUGCUGCUGCGAGUGAGGAUAUGGAUACGUUGUGUUUUAAUUCGCCGAUUUUGUUGAGGCAUCUUACGUUUAGUGAGCAGCGGAAGGAGCCUAUUCAGGAGAUUCAUCUUGAUAAGGUGCUCGAAGGGUUGGAUAUGUCGAGGGAUCAGUUUGUCGACUUUUGCAUUCUCCUCGGCUGCGACUACCUCGACCCCAUCCCCAAAGUCGGCCCCACAACAGCCCUCAAACUCAUCCGCGAACACAAAACCCUCGAAAAAGUCGUCGAAGCCAUCCAAAAGGACCCCAAAGAGCGCUUCAAGCUCCCCGAAGACUGGCCCUACGAAGACGCGCGCGAGCUCUUCUUCCACCCGGACGUGCGCCCGGCCUCCGACCCCCUCUGCGACUUCAAAUGGGACAAGCCCGACAUCGAGGGACUCGUGCAGUUCCUCGUCACGGAAAAGGGGUUCUCGGAGGACAGGGUGAGGGCAGGGGGCAAGAGGUUGGAGAAGAAUCUGAAGAGCGCGCAGCAGGUUAGGUUGGAUGGCUUUUUUAAGGUGAUUCCGAAGACGGAGGAGGAGAAGGCUGCGCUGAAGAGGAAGAAUGAGGAGAAGAAUGUGGAGAAGAGGAAGAAGUUGAAGGAGGAGAAGAAGGAGAAGGCGAAGGCUAAGGCGAAGCCGAGGGCUGCUGGUUAA